AUGGGAGCUGUAUAUCGCAACGCUACGCUGACCGUCUCAGCCCUUGUUUCAGCAAAGAGCACAGUAGGGAUCUUGAAAACUAACGACAAUCGUUUCCUGGGAGCCCCGAAGAGCGCAAAGCUUAGGGUCUAUGAAGAUAGCUCGAAAGAUGACGAGGUCGAAGUGGACUGGAAGCCACUGGAGGAAGAAACUUUACGAGAUCUCAUGCACAAGGGUGCACUUGCUUCGCGAGGAUGGGCCUUACAAGAGUACAUUUUGUCUCCUCGGAAUCUUCUCUACGGCGAGAGGCAGAUAUACUGGCGGUGUCCAAGUAUGGUGGCUUCAGCAGAUGCUACGCCAGAAGGCUUUCUGUUUCCGGCUCGAAAUUUUCAGAAAGCUUCACAAGUUAUUUACUCCGACAUACUGGCUGUGGCACCUGAAAUUGAAUCACAUAUAAAAGCUGUUCUUCAGGACUAUUACGAAUUAGCAGAGACGUAUUCCGCGCGCCAAUUGACUUUUGGGUCAGAUAAACAUGCUGCAUUCUCCGGUAUAGCUCAAAUGGUACACCCAUCGAUUGGUGGACAAUACUUUGUGGGCCUUUGGACAGUCGACUUCAAGCAUGGGCUGCUGUGGUAUGGGGAAAUGGCCUCUUGCCGGCAUGUUGAAACUCAUGGAGCUCCAUCCUGGUCGUGGAUGGUAACUGAUGCUCGGGUUUUGUUUUCAAGCAUUCGAAACCUCGAAGCUACUCCAUUCGAUGUAAAAAUACUUCAAUACAAUGGCAUUCCUCAAGAUGCGGUAAAACAGUUUGGUCGGAUUGAAUCAGCCUCUGUGGUCGUGGAAGGACUCAUAAUGCCAUUAAUACGGAGCAAACAGCGCGUUCGAGCAAGAAAUCGGGAUGACCUGGUGUUUGGUGUAGUACAAUACGACGAGCCAUCAUCUGCUGAUGAUGAUCAUUCGAGAAGUUUAAUUUUCCCAGCAGAGGAUCAAAUUUUGGGAAAGGCUUUGAUUUCUCUGCAUGCUGAUCCUGGGACUGAUGACAUCGACAUCAGCGCAAAUCUUUUCCUAGAAGAUGACCUCUUGGUUUUGCUGGUUCAGGCAGAUGAAAAUGCCGAUAAUGAGAUGGAACCUAGCUUUGGCGAGGGCAUCGUUUUACGACCGGUUAAGCAUGGCUUGGAAGACGUUUAUGAGAGAAUAGGGUAUGUUGAUUUCUGGACGCCGAGCAUGGAUUACUUUCGACAGUGGGGGUCAAGGUCCUUGAAAAUGAUAUAA